AAUUAUUUACUCCUUAAACGGAAACAUGUAACUGUAGCCAUUCACGCCCAUGGUUUACCCGUUUACUGUAACAUUUCAGAUAUAGUUAUGCAUAAUUAGUGAAAUUCCUGAUUAAUGAGUCUAGAGGAUUAGUGGAAAUAAGUUCUGAGGCCCUCUUGAAUUGUGGUGCUGAUUGCCUUUAAGUACAUGUAAUACAUCUAUGGUCUCUCUUAACUUAUGGAUUGGCGCUAUGGAUUAACAGCAAGGAACAUUUGACAGCAGCAAAGCAUUGACAUUACGGCGAGGCUAGGCUAGAAGCGCAAGUGGUGACUUGGUGGCAGGCAGCGUCGACUGUGCAGGUGCUACUACCAACAAAGCAGCAGCUGCAGUCUACAAGAUGGCUGCCAACGAGGGGGAGCAGGUGGACGCGGUGCGUUCAACGUUCGGGCUCACCGUGCUGGAGCUGAGAGAGCUGAUGAAACUUAGGAAAGAAGAGGGGUUUGAUACCGUAACAACCCAGUUUGGAGGGGUUACGGAAAUGUGCAAGAAACUGUAUACUUCAGCCAAUGAAGGUUUAUCAGGAAGUCCAGCCGAUUUGGAACAUAGGAGAGAAGUGUUCGGAGCAAAUGUGAUACCGCCAAAACCGCCCAAGACGUUCCUGCAGCUCGUGUUCGAAGCCAUUCAGGACGUCACCCUUAUCAUCCUUCUAUGUGCAGCUAUUCUGUCAUUAGCAUUAUCAUUUUACGAGGGUGGUACACUCGAAGAGGACAAGGAAGGUGGUGGUGAUUCCUCUCAUAAAGAAGCGGGGUGGAUCGAAGGUGUGGCCAUCCUGGUCGCGGUCAUCGUGGUAGUGUUAACAACUGCUUUUAAUGACUGGCAAAAGGAGAAACAAUUUCGUGGAUUACAAGCGAAAAUCGAACAUGAACACCAAUUUAGUGUAAUUCGUAGUGGUGAAGUGAUCCAAAUUCCAGUCGGUGAAAUUGUUGUAGGAGAUAUAUGUCUUGUUAAAUAUGGUGAUCUGCUGCCUGCUGAUGGUGUUAUUAUACAAAGCAAUGAUUUAAAAGUAGACGAGAGCUCACUUACUGGGGAGUCGGACCAUGUGAAGAAAUCAGUCGACAGAGACCCUAUGCUUCUAUCAGGUACUCAUGUUAUGGAGGGAAGUGGCAAAAUGCUCACAACUGCUGUCGGUGUCAACUCCCAGACUGGUAUCAUAUUUGCCUUGCUGGGCGCGUCACUCGAGGAGUCAGAGAAGAAGAAGAAGGACGAUAAGAAGAAAAACAAGGACACGCCACAGAACUCUGCAGGCACCAAGGGAACCGGCUUAGGCCCCAGUGAACCAUUGCUAAGCGAGGGCCGAGUUGACUCGGAGGCGAUCAACAUGGAGGAGAGGGGCAACAGUCACCACGGUAAUGCGGCAGGCGCUCACAAGCUGAGCAACAACAUCCCUGAGGAAGGGCCCGUGGACACAAUGCCCGCGGGUCAGAAGACCCCGGAUGAGGAGGAGAAGGCGGCACCGACAGCGAGCAGACUCAAGGAGAAGUCCGUCCUGCAGUCCAAGCUCACCAAGCUGGCCAUCCAGAUCGGAUACGGGGGUACAUGUAUUGCGGUGCUCACGGUGCUGGUCCUGAUCAUCAAGUUCUGCGUGACGAGGUUUGCCAUUGACAAGAAGCAUUGGGAGUGGGGCUACAUCAACUACUUUGUGAACCACUUCAUCAUUGGUGUCACCGUGCUUGUGGUGGCUGUGCCCGAGGGUCUGCCCCUUGCCGUCACCCUGUCCCUUGCAUACUCCGUCAGGAAAAUGAUGCACGACAACAAUCUGGUGCGCCACCUGGACGCCUGCGAGACCAUGGGUAACGCUACGGCUAUCUGCUCGGACAAAACUGGUACCCUCACCACUAACAGGAUGACUGUCGUACAGAGCUACAUUGGCGGCGUUCAUUACAAGUCCACUCCCAACUUCUCCACCCUGUCCAGCAGCAUUCAGGACCUCUUAGUUAAGGCCAUCUCCAUCAAUAGUGGUUACACCUCAAUGGUCAUGAAAUCAGACGAUGGGGGACUGCCCAAGCAGCUUGGCAACAAGACGGAGUGUGCCCUGCUGGGAUUUAUACUUGAUCUUGGUCAGAAUUAUGAGGCAGUACGCCAGGCCUACCCACAGGACGCUCUGGUGAAGAUCUUCACAUUUAAUUCCAAGCGCAAGUCCAUGAGCACGGUCACCCACCUGCCAGGGGGCAACUUCCGCCUCUACACAAAGGGUGCUUCAGAGAUGGUCCUGAAAGACUGCAACUACAUGCUGAACUGUAACGGUGAGGCGGUUCCAUUCCCCAUGUCAAAGCAGGAGGAGGUCGUCAAGACUGUGAUCGAGCCCAUGGCUGGAGAAGGCCUCAGAACCAUCUGCGUCGCAUACAAGGACUACAGACGAGACAACUUGAAACUGAACGACACUAAAAUCGAUGAUGAUCCCAACUGGGACGAUGAGGACGGAAUAGUGAACAACCUGACCUGCAUCUGUGUGGUCGGCAUUGAGGACCCCGUCAGGCCGGAGGUGCCCAAUGCGAUUGUUAAGUGUCAGAAAGCCGGUAUCGUGGUGCGCAUGGUGACAGGAGACAACGUGAACACCGCGCGCUCCAUUGCGGCCAAGUGCGGCAUCCUGAAGGCAAACGAAGACUUCCUGGUACUUGAUGGCAAGGAGUUCAACAAGAGGAUACGGGACCCUGCCACUGGAGAGGUGUCUCAGAAGUUGAUGGACCAGGUGUGGCCCAACCUGCGAGUGCUGGCACGCUCCUCUCCGGAAGACAAGUACACGCUCGUGAAUGGGAUCAUCAACAGCAAGCUGACCUCCAACAGAGAGGUCGUUGCGGUCACUGGAGACGGAACCAAUGACGGGCCAGCCUUGAAGAAGGCCGAUGUUGGGUUUGCUAUGGGCAUUUCGGGCACAGAUGUGGCCAAGGAGGCUUCGGACAUCAUCCUGACUGACGAUAAUUUUACAAGCAUUGUGAAAGCAGUCAUGUGGGGGCGUAACGUGUAUGACAGCAUCGCCAAGUUCCUACAGUUCCAGCUCACCGUUAACGUGGUGGCUGUGAUCGUCGCAUUCCUCGGGGCCUGCAUCAUUGACGACUCCCCGCUGAAGGCUAUCCAGAUGUUGUGGGUGAACCUUAUCAUGGACACGCUCGCCUCCCUUGCCCUGGCCACAGAGGUCCCCAGCGAGGAGCUACUGGAACGCAAGCCCUACGGACGCACCAAGCCCCUCAUCUCCCGAAACAUGAUGAAGAACAUCUUCGGACACGCCAUCUACCAACUGAUCAUCGUCUUUGUCUUCUUGUUUGCCGGUGAGAAGAUUUUCGGAAUAGAAAGCGGACGUUAUGCAAAGCUUCAUUCGGCCCCGACUCAGCACUUUACCAUCAUAUUCAACUCAUUCGUGAUGAUGACCUUGUUUAAUGAAGUAAAUGCACGUAAGAUUCAUGGACAGCGUAAUAUAUUUGAGGGCCUGCAGAGGAAUCCCAUAUUUAUUGGCAUAUGGAUAGGAACAAUGGCGGCUCAGAUAAUUAUCGUCCAGUUUGGAGGAAUAGCAUUUUAUACAAAAGGUCUCACGCUGCAGCAGUGGCUGUGGUGUGUGUUUGUGGGUGUUGGAACUCUGCUUUGGGGACAGAUAAUUACAUCUAUACCAACAAGCAAAUUACCGAAACAUUUAUGCAGUUGGGGUAAGGGCGAGCCAACAGACAUGGACCUACCCGACUACCCGGGAGAGAACUCCAUGGGCGCCCAACACGAUGGGACGGGGCGCAGGGGACAGAUCCUCUGGGUGAGGGGCCUCACGCGCCUCCAGCAACAGAUUCGUGUUGUAAACGCAUUUCGUAACGGCGUUGAUAUGCGCUUUGACAGUCGCAGCAUCUCCUCGCUUCACAGCUACCACUCCCACCACUCGAUCCAUAGUGGGGGCAAGACUGGCAAAACUCACCCCACCAGUCCCCUAGCGGGGCCGCAAUCACCCACGCCCAAGCCAAAUAAGGAUAUCACCACUCUUUAGGCUUUUGGCUCGUUGCUAGCUUGAGCUGGAUUGUGGUGUGUUGUGUACAACAACAACAAAUGCGUAGGGAAAAUGAGCAGAGAACAUUUAAAUUUCACUGUCUAAGCAACUUUGUUUGUGUGAGUGUGUAUUUUAAUUAAACUAUAAAAAAAUGUAUCAGAAAAUUAUUUAAAAGCGAGAACAUAAUGAUAUUAUAAUGAUUGCAAAUAUUGGUGUGAUAUAAACUGGACAUCCGGGGAACAUUGGUUGUUGUUUUACCUCCAUUGGUUGCAUGGAUAUUAAUAAUGAUACUGUCAGGAAGGCAAAAAUCAAAGUUUAUUUAUAAUCAUAAAAGAUAUUUCUAUGAUAUCACUGAUAUGAUAUCACUGAUGAAUAUUAAGUGAUUGCUACAUUCAAGAGGACAUGGAACUUUGAAAGUCUGGGUUUUCAAUAUCAAGUAAUUCAGUUAUUGCAAAAAGACGUGUAGCUAGUUGAAGUCUGGACAAGUACGUACAAUUAUUGGAAUAUUGUUCUGGUUCAAACCUUUAAGUACUUUUAUGAAGCUGAAUGAGAUUGCAUGGUUUCUAAUAAAAUUUAUUAAAUAAACAAAAAUAGCACUAGUUGUUCAUCCCUUGUCUGUCUGGGAGAAAGUCUUUACAAGCCACGUUGUAUCAUCUUACCAUUUAUUUGAUUUCAUAUUUGCGGUGAGUUUGUUUAUUUAAUGCAAUAAGUCCUGAAUGCGUUGACGUUGAGCUAAGUUACUAAGUUGUCACAAAGGAACAAAGUUUAUGGUUUGUAAUUUGGAUGAUCCGAGGUGUCUUGUGCAAAGCAAUGUGUUGCUCUGUGCAUUAGUAUUUAUUAAAUGUACACAAUUUUAAUAAUAUCAUAUUUGUAUUUUCUAUUAAUUUGCAAUGAGUUUGCUUUGAAGUGGGCAAAUGAUAGGAUUUCAGUAUAUAUUGUACAUUAUUCUAUAUGCAUGAUUUGAACAGGCUAAUAACUUGGUGAGAAUAUUUAAAGCAUCAUUUUAGCUUUUUAGGUAAUUUAUCUAGCAUAUAAGUCGAAACAUUUCAACAAAACUUCUAUCUAUAUUGAAAUAACAUAAUUUGGUUAUUUAAGUACAACUUUUUGACAUGAAUAAGAAACAAAUAGAUGUAAGUGUAAAACAAUGUAUUUUAAAAUCUAAUUUAAAAUAGUUUCUUUAAUUGAAAUAAUUUCUACUAGAUGCUAAGUGAACGCUUACUGCUUACAAAGCCUGUUUUGAUUCGCUGAGUGCUGGUUUUUAUGAAGUCUUUGUCGUUUUGAAAUUUAGAUCACUGUUUGCGAAGUUGUUCAAACUAUGGAAACAUUCCGACUGUCUGUACGUAAAUACGGACUGAUAUUUAGGAGAGUGUAAUUGAUAUAGGAAAGUGUUAUUGUUUUCAUCCACCAUUAAAGCUGUUAGCAAUUUAUUGUAAGCUCACCUGAGCACAUAGUGCCCAUGGGGAGCUUUUAGGAAAUCAUGAUAUCCGAGCAUGCAUGUGUAAACUUUUCCUUUUUACUACUUUUUUACUACUUCUCCUCCUCAGCCCUGCAAUGGUCCUCUACUAGUUUGUUCAAAUCAUGUCCCUUGGGUCCCAUGAAAAUGGCCAGGCCCUAGGGGGUCACAUGAUUUAUUAAAACUUGAAUAACAAAAAAAAUACACAGUCUUCUCUAAAAUGACAAGGCCCAUGGCUUUUGUAUGUAACAUUUAACUUUGCAUGUUUGCAGUCUACCAAGUUUAAAAAAAUCAUGCCUGGUGGGUUAAAACAGGCCUGACCCUGCUGGUAAAUUGUCUAUUUUAUAUGUAUAUGUUAAAAACAUAAAAAAAACUUUUCACAUGAAGAUGCAAGGUCCAAAAGUUAUUUGGUAUUUGGCAUGUAACAUCUUAUGGUUAUUCUCUACAAAAAAUUUCAUAAGGGCCAAAAUUUGCCCAGCCCUGUUUCCGUUAUAUAUGUGUAUACAGAAAGAUUUCAUUUCCUGAAACCUCAGGGUUCAAAGGUUUGGUAUUUGGCAUGUAAUAGUCUUCUACUGCCCAUACAUUUCUUAAAUGACUCUUGUUUACCCUGACAAAAUUAUGCACAUCAGUUGCCUUAAAAGAUGACUUGGCACUGUCAUAAUUUUGACACUAUGUCGGUAAGAACUGUAACAUUUCAAAACACAUGAUAUUAUUUUUUGCCAUUUUAAAAUUUGGAUCCAAUAUGUCUCAGGGGAACGAACACGGGCUUUUUUGGCCUUCUUGGUAACUGUGAAAUCUGUGUAUUUGACUAGUUUCUCUUGUUGCACUUUUCUUGUUGUAAUGUUCAAUUAUGUUUCAAAUGUUAAAGUUCAAAAUUCAUUUCUUCUUCAUUUCUUAACUUUCGCUGUAUAUAAUUAUCAAUUUAUUUAAUGUAAGUAAUCUUCUUGAUGACAUAUUAAGUCACACGGUUUAAAUAUGAUGUACGAGUGCUAGAAUUUGCCUGAACUGUGUCAGGUUUAAAAAAAAAUCAAAGCAAAUGGCACAAAGGAACUCAAAACAAAACAAGUAGUGAAUCAAGAAUUAUCCCAAUUUCCAUUUUUUACUUCCAUGUAGAAAAUUUGUAAAAUUCCAAAGGGUUAAGGAUAUCGAAUAGUUUCCUGUACGUAUACUUUCAUAUCCCCAUAAGCACCAAAAUACACAUGCACUCGUAAGGGCUUAUUAGAGUAUGGUACAAAAUCUGAAUUAAAAAAGCCGUAAUUAAGAACUGUUUCAGGGUAUUCAUUUUUAUUCCUGACCGGAGGGUAUGUUGCAUUCCUAUUUAGAACUGUAUGAGGCUGUUUCGUACACCACAUUAAUUUACUUUUGUAAGUUUUUUUUUCUACUGUGUGUGUUUUUAGCUCACCUGAUUGCUCAGGUGAGCUUUUGUGACCGGUCUUUGUCCGUCGUAUGUCCUUCCGUUAAAAUUUGCUCGUAAUAACUCUAGAGGCCACAUUUCUUGUCCCAUCUGCAUGAAACUUGGUCAGAAGCUUUGUCCCAAUGAAAUCUCGGCCGAGUUCGAAACUGUAUUGUGCCGGGUCAAAAACUAGGUCACUAGGU